GUCACCAAGGCCAGCCCCGCCUUCCAGGCUUGCAUGGGUGCUUGUCCUCUGGUGACCCGGUGGGCGCUAUGUCGUGCCCAGCCGGCCGAGGGUUGAAGAGACGCUGAAAGACAAGCGGGAUCCGAAGGGACUCGGCGGUUUCCUGGGCUAAUCUAGGGACUGGGGUCAGGCCUCUCAUUUGUUUUUUCCUUGUGACCUGAGAGAGGGUAGGACAGCAAAGCUCGAUUUAAGUUGAGAGGGCGGUAAGUAGAUGGAGCUUCAGACUCCAGGUCCUGGAGACACUACCAGAUGGUAGCGGAUCCCCUCUGUCUUCAGGCUCCGCCCCCUAACAUAAUAACAUCCUUCUAAUCCCUGACAUGUGUGCAGAGCCUGAGUUGAUGUCAUUUUCAGCCUACAAAUAUUGAGGGUCUUAAGCCCCACUUCACGGAAGAGGAAACUGAGACUCAGAGAGACGUAGUUUACUGGAGAUCUCAGCCAAUUAGAAUCACACUCACUAAGUGGUAGAUUCCUUAGCUGAAGUAUAAGCUACAUGCUUACAUACAUCUACUGAGGACCCUAUCUUGGGUUCAGCACCAACCACAAUUUGAUGGGAUGCUUCAGUCUUCAUGAUCCUGGACAUUUUCCCAGGAGGUCUCUGAAAAUUGGGUCUCUUACAAGGCCCUGACCUCCUCUGCCUUCUUUCUACUUCAAAACCCAAUAAAUGGCCGUCUCCCAGCUGUUUUGACCACAGAAAGGGCUUUAAACUGCCAUAGGGCGCCCCCUUGAGGUUGCUUCACCCGCUGACCAUGUUCCAGCGCUUCACCAGCCUUUUCUUCAACACCCCUGCGCCUCCUGAAGACUCCAACUGUCCGGGGGCCUUUGUCUCUGAGGAGGAUGAAGUGGAUGGCUGGCUCAUCAUCGACCUACAGGGUGAGGCUUGAGUCAGGAUCCAGCACUCUUGAUUCCCUAGUCUAUGAGCAUAAUGAGGACAGGAGGUGUUGCAAUAUAGAGGGGAAGAGGGCUAUUUGGAUGUUGGAGUCCCCCUAGGCCUACUGGAAAAAUUAAAGUAGAAGCCGUGAGCCCAGAGGUGAGGUAACACAGACCCUUCUCUUGAAAGCUCUGGCUCCUGCCAUUUGUUGGGGCACACACCUGGGACACCUAGGGCGGUGGGCUAAGGAUCCUGGCCUUCAGGUGCUCUCUGGGCACGAUGGAUAGAGGUGCAGGUCUGACUAACGAUGCCCUUUCUCUCCCCAUCCCAUGUGUCUGGCAUAUGUGUGUGUGUGUAUGUGUGUCCCACCCUGCUGCUCCCUCUCCUCUGCAUGGCUUCCCAUUCCCACACCCUAUAGACAGCUAUACAGCUCCUCCCGACCCCGGGGCCUCGCCUGCUCCUGCAGGCCGCCCUCCACCCGCGCCCUCCUUGAUGGAUGAGAGCUGGUUUGUUACCCCUCCCGCCUGUUUUACUGCAGAGGGGCCCGGCCUUGGGCCUGCCCGCCUCCAGAGCAAUCCGCUGGAGGACCUCCUCAUUGAGCAUCCCAGCAUGUCCGUUUAUGUCACCGGCAGCACCAUAGUGCUGGAGUCUGGGCCACCUUCCCCUCACCCUGAAGCUGCCUUGCCUGAUCAGGACCUCAGCGAUGGAGAGCUGGCGCCUGCCCUCCGGGAACCCAGGGCCUUGCACCACGCAGCUGCUCCUAUGCCCGCUCGAGCUGUGCUGCUGGAGAAGGCUGGCCAGGUGCGGAGGCUGCAGAGAGCCCGACAGCGGGCUGAGCGCCACACAUUGAGUGCUAAAGUGUUGCAACGGCAGAAUCGCGCCCGGGAGAGCCGUUCGCGCCGGCCCAAGCACCAGGGCAGCUUUAUUUACCAGCCGUGCCAGCGCCAGUUCAACUACUGAGCGCCCCUGCUGCACCGCGAAUCCCUCGCCGACUCCUGGUCCCAUCCGCCUCCUCUGCAGCAGCCAGUGUGCUGCUCGAGGGUGUUGGGGGGUCCACCCGCCUCCAUCUGGAUACUACAACCUCCCUCCUUCCUAAGUUUUGAGGUGGGGUGAUGGCCCUCUACUUCCCUGUUUAUAGUCUAACUCACCUAUUAACCUCUCUCAUCCUGGGUCAUCCUCCCUCCUUUCUCAGUGUCUGAUUCUCCACCCUCACACUCCCCACACCCACUCUCCCAUGCUUCUUUUUAGGACCUCUAUUCUUGUCUCUCGCCCCUUCACCUUUUCCCUCUUAGCCCACCCGAUUCCUAAGACCCUGACUUGGCACCUUCUCCGCUUCAGCUCCUACUUUCCAAGACUUACUCUUCUGUUUGGGAUCGCUCCCACUCUUGUUCCCUUUUUUUCAUUCCUGGCAAUUCCCUCCCAAUCCUGCAGGUGCAACCUGCCAGGCCUGGGCCAUUGUCCUCAUCCUGUAGUCAGGGAUCAGGCAUGGGUUUUGAUUUCAGUUUUCCCCCUUUCUCUGCCCUGGGGGCUGGGCUCCUUAUUGCUGCUUAGGCCUAGAAAGUUUAAGUAUGUGGAAGAGGAGAGUGAGUUGUAAGUUAGAUAAGGUGAAGGGAAUGGAGGGAAACAGGCAGCCUAGUGGGGGCCGCAGAUGGGGACAGGUGGGUUGAGAAGUAGCAGGGAGCAGGGCAUCUUGGGAGCUGGUAUUGUGCUUGGUCAGAGUAGCUAAGCCCUGGUCUUAGGCCUGAGCCUGGAGUCUGCCCCCAUUUCCUUUUCCUAUAAUCCUGCCUUCCAGGGUUCCCCCCUCCCUGAAAUUUGUCCUUCAGGAGUAACCCCUACCCACCCCUGUCCCUGUGAGUCUGGAGUCCGAAGGGCUUGUACCUUGUCACCUUACCUUGUCAUGCCACCCCAGGAGUAGAAGCUGGGUAAGGCCCCAUCAUCCUGACCAUCUCUGUUCAUAUGCCCAAGGUGCUAGAAUUAGCUUAGGAGAGAUGCAGGCCAGAGGAUUUCCAGGCAGGGAAAAGGAAACACACCCCAAGGCAAGAAUGAGGAGGCAUGAUGCUAAGGAGGACAACUAUGAGGUAAAGCCAUCCCCAGACUGACAGCUCUGCCUUUAUCUUGCCUCUGGCCUUAUAUUUCAUACUUUGUUCAAUAUGGCUGGAUAAUAAACACUCCUGGGUAGAGGAGGCCAGGAGCCUCACUGUCCCAAUUCCCAAAUUUUUCUUACAGAGAUUCAGGGCCUUCAAGAGUCUUCUUAAUGUUCUCCCACAGGGCUCUUUCUGAGUGCCCUAUAAUCCCUCCCCCCUUUCUAAUUCAAUAUCUGGAGUAAGGAAUUCUUGGGUAGGGCACAGGGAUGGGGUUGCCAGCUUCUUCUUUCUUGUGGUGGGGCUCAGACACCAGCAACAGCCUCUUGGGAUGCCCCAAGUUGUUUCCGGUUCUUUCUAGCUGUCCUUUUUAAAGUGUGUGCUCUUCCUUCCUUAAAACCUUUAGAUGUCCUGUUACACUAACACAGGUCUUCCCUUCCCUCCAACCCCAGGUUUCAGGUCUCAGAGCCAAGCCAGGGUUGGAGAAAACUGCAUUCCUACGAGGGUAAAAGUAGCUGCCCUCUUUGAUCCUUUCUUACUAGGCUUCAUGUGGGAUGGGAGAGGAUGUCCCCAGGAUGGGGACAGAGGAAGCCCUGCUAGGGUCUCCUAGCCCAGUAAGCCAAAUGGGAACUAUAAGCAGAUCAAAAUUUUACACUAGCUUAUUAGAGCCCUAUUAGUUCCUGUCCCAAGUUCUUCAGUUACAACCUAGUAGUAUACUUACUCUUCCAACUGUCCUAAGGUCACUUCCCAGCCAGCUUAGGAUCUUCAGCAUUUUUAAGAGCUGAAGCUCCCUCUUGCCCUUCUUGUCUACUCCUCACUGCCAGUUGGGGCCUAGGCUUAGUCCUGGGCAAAUGUCCAUGAUCUUGCUGCUGUAGGAAGCUUGAUAGGGCAUUUGGCUCAAAUUUCAGAAGGCCUCGCUCCUGACCUAAUUUCUCAAAGCUCCGGUAGUUCUAGACCCCUCCAAUUUCUCAUCUGGUUGCAAGGCUUAUUUUUCUUUUGUACUUUCCUAUAGAUGCUAUAGCAUUUGAGUGUGGCAAUAUUUUUGUUGUGUAUAGAUGUCUAAGAACCAACACUACUCAGUCUCCUGCUAGUCUGACUCCUGAAGCAUCAGACCCUGUCAUACUGUAUUGACUGUGUAUGUGCCUUUCACCUUGAGCAUGCUUCAGGAAUUUUUUUUUUUCUUAAACCACAGAACUUGAAUACACAAGGGAACCAGAAUUCACAAAGUCCUAUGCAACCCUAGACAGGAGGAGGUUAGAGAGUCUGUCUUGAUUUGUGGUUUCAGAGACCCUAGAGAAAUUUGUACCAGUUUGUAUUAAAGUCAGUACUACCAGCACUUUGCCAAAACUACGGAUGUCAGAGGGACCUGUUUCUAGAGUGAGUCCCAAUUACAUCAAAGGGCAACCUGCGCUUUCUCCAAUAAGUCUGAGUGGUUCUCUUGAGCUGGUGUCACUUUCUAACCUUUGCCAGUCUAGCCCCAGCAGGGCACCGUGUGUGUGAGUGUGGUUUGGUGCUGUUUUGGAGUGUGCCUGCCCCCCAGCCUGGAACCCUCUGAUCAACUUGCUGGGACCUAUAACGUCUUAGGUGCAACAAGGACCCUACCAGAGCUCCUGGGUGGCUUUGUGUGAGGGGACUGAACGCAGACAAACCACAGCCUGCUUCUAAUACCUUCUUUCCCUACCACCUAGUUCCAAAUGGAACCAACAAGUUGAGUGCAUCUCUGUUGGGUGUUUUGUGUUGAGACUGGCUGAAGUGAAGAAUCUUUGACUGACCAUGUUGUGAUGUGUCGACAGACUCAAGGACACAACCACCUCGACCUGGUCAUGUGGCAUGCCUGUGUAUGUGUGUAACAGGAUUCUGAAUGUUAGGUUGUAAUGCUAUUCCUGUAUGGGAGAAAAAAUAAUAUAAACAAAUAAAAAUCUAUUUAAAGCACA